ACCCCUGAACUAUUUCACCUAGGCAUAGCGUCAAUCGCAAUAAAGAUAUAUAAACUGUCUGCGUUUUAAAAUCUGGACCAAGUGAAGUUUAGAAGUGCAUCUAAAGUCAUUCUGUGUAUUCGUAUUUUUUGGAGUAUUGAAAUCUCGUGAAAAUGGAUGAACUUGACCAGAGCCAGAUACAAAUGUUGAAGAAAGCUUUCGAUACUUUCGAUCGCGAAAAGAAGGGUGUCAUUGAAACGGACAUGAUUGGAACAAUUCUGGAAAUGUUGGGUCAGGAAUUAGACGAUGGCACAUUAUCAGACAUUAUCAAAGAAUAUGACGAACAUGGCACCGGAACACUGGAGUUCAACCAAUUCUGUUCGUUAGCGGCUAGGUUUUUGACUGAAGAAGUCGACGCUGAAGCUAUGCUUGCCGAACUUAGAGAAGCAUUCCGGUUGUAUGACAGAGAAGGAAAUGGCUACAUCACAACGGACGUACUAAAAGAGAUCUUCAAGGAAUUAGACAACACCUUAUCGGCUGAGGAGUUGGAAGCCAUGAUCACAGAGAUUGACGCUGACGGCUCGGGAACCGUUGAUUUUGAUGAAUUCCUGGAAGUAAUGACUGGAGAGUGAAAAAAAUUAGCACACGACUUUAUUUUUAAAACAAAUUAUAAGUUAAUUUACCAUUUUGUAAAUAUAAUUUACUUAAAUAGGUUAAUUACUUUAGUUAUUUACUAAUUAGUUUACUUUUUUAUUAUUGUUUUAAAACAUAAGUAUGAUGUUCUGUUAAAUGAAUAUUCAUUAGCAAGUAACGACAAAUAAUGAAUUUGUUAUAAGACUGUAUUUAUUGUGCAGUAUUAUAAAUAAACGUUUAUUUAAAUAGAAUUU